AUGGCAGAUGAAGAAACGCCACAGCCAGCACAACAAGCGGUACAAGUUGUACAAAUGGCACAAUCGGUCACAAUACAGCCUAUGCCUGAAUUUCGUCCCGAUGCCAAAGUAGGAGCAAGCCUCGCUACUAGAUGGAAUAACUGGCAAGCAGAUUUUGAAAUGUUCAUUAUAGCCAGUGGGAUCACUGACGCUAAACGUAAACGAGCGCUGUUAUUAUAUCAAGCAGGACCUCGUGUGAGAGAAAUAUUUAAACAAUUAGUGGACACGGGUAACGAUGAUAAUUACGAAGUCGCCAAAGCCAAACUAAAGGAAUACUUCGAUCCACAGAAAAACAGAAGAUAUGAAGUGUAUCUUUUUCGUCAAGCUAUGCAAAAAACUGAUGAGACCCUUGAUGAAUAUCACACGCGAUUGCGGACAAUGGCUGCAACUUGCGAAUUCAACGACGUAGAGUUCGAAAUCGAACAACAAAUUAUCAUUGGCGGCACAUCCUCAAAGAUUCGUAAACACGCGUUGAGAGACCCGAAAUUCGACUUGAAAGGCAUGUUAUUAGAAGGGCGAAGAGAUGAGCAAAGUUCCUAUCAGAUUAAGGACAUUGAGUCAAAAGAGUCAACCGAGGUAUAUACAAACAAACUCGAUGGGAAAUCAGCGAAAACCGAAGCGAAAACAUGUCGCUAUUGCGGGCGUGAAUAUCCGCACGUAGGACAAUGCCCUGCGAAGGGUCAGACAUGCCAUAUAUGUGGCAAAGUAAAUCAUUUUGCUAGGGUAUGCAAAAGUAAGCCGAAAGCACCGAAACAGAAUACUAGAAAACAACACAAAGGUCGGGGAAAAGCUCUAAAUCCUUUAAACCACGACGAAACGGACAAUUCUGAUGAGGAUUAUUUAUAUACGGUAAACAAAGAUCAAGCAAAUACCGCUAAAGUCAAGGUCAAAGUGGGCGGAGCGUCUUUUAUGAUGACACUUGAUACGGGGGCAACAAUUAAUGUCAUCGAUGAACAAACAUUUUCGAAAAUGGACGGUGUUAAGUUAAAGCAGACAAAUACUAAAGCAUUUCCGUAUAAUACAACACAACCUGUAAAAUUCCUUGGAAAAUUCGAGGCAGUUGUGGAAACACGCAAGCGGUUAUCUGUGGCCAUGUUCUAUGUAGUAAAAGGCCAAAAUAGUGGAAAUCUUUUGUCUCUGGCUACAGCUCAAGACCUUGGACUUAUAACUUUACAUCUAAAUCAUGUCACAACGAAAGAUGACAACCUGGACAAAAUCCUUGGAAAACAUACUAAAGUAUUUCAUGGACUGGGCAAAUUAAAAGGUGAGACAGUAAAAUUAGACAUAGAUAAAGACCAAAUACCAAAAGCCCAACCUCAACGUCGAAUUCCUUAUCACAUUCGUAAACAGGUAGAAGACGCCUUAAAAGCACUUGAGAAGGAAGACGUAAUUGAAAGGGUGUCUGAGAAUGAGGCAACACCAUGGGUAUCACCCAUAGUCGUAGUUCCUAAGAAAGAUGGGGGAGUCAGAAUAUGCGGAGAUAUGCGGUAAGCGAAUGAAGCCAUACGCCGGGUACGACACCCCAUUCCUACCGUGAACGAUGUUAGUUUUGCACUCAACGGGGCACAAUAUUUCACUAAACUUGAUCUAUCUCAAGCUUACCAUCAACUAGUGCUAGAUCAAGAAAGCAGAUUUAUUACUACGUUCAGUACUCAUGUAGGAUUAUAUCGUUACAAGCGUUUGAACUAUGGGACUAAUGCGUCCGCUGAGAUCUUUCAACAUGUCCUUCAAACAAAGCUACAGGGACUAAAUGGAGUAAAAAAUAUCGCAGACGAUAUAACCGUGUUUGGAAAAAUACGAGCUGAACAUGAUCAAAAUUUAGAUAAAUGCCUUGCCCGCUUAUCUAAUUCUGGUCUAAAGUUAAACCGAGGAAAGUGUACAUUCCUCGAAGAUAAGUUGGAAUUUUUCGGACAGAUAUUUUCCAGAGAAGGCACACGACCUGACCCGAAACGGGUAAACGACUUACUCAAUGCUCCCCAGCCUUCUAGUGUUUCUGAAGUGCGUAGUUUAUUAGGCAUGGCUAACUACAGUAGCAAAUAUAUUCGUGACUUUGCGACUUUAACUGCCCCACUUAGAGAACUAACGAAAAAGAAUGCACGAUUUACAUGGUUGCCAAAACAUCAAGCAUGUUUUGACAAAUUGAAAGCAACCUUAGCAUCAGCACCAUGUAUGUCAUACUUUGCUAAAGACAAAGAGACACUGGUCAUUGUAGAUGCUAGUCCCGUGGGCAUCUCAGCAAUUCUAUCACAACAGGAACCAGGUACGAAUGAUCCUAAAAUUGUUGCAUAUGCAAGCAGAUCCUUAACAGACACAGAAACACGUUAUUCACAAACAGAAAAGGAAGCUUUAGCAAUAGUUUGGUCUGUCGAACAUUUUCAUUUGUUUUUAUAUGGUAGCCAAUUCACUCUAGUUACAGAUCACAAACCGUUAGAAGUGAUUUAUGGAAGUCGAAAGGCGAAAGCUUCAGCAAGAAUCGAGCGCUGGAUCCUUCGACUUCAGCCAUACUCGUUUAAAAUUGUUUAUAAGUCGGGCGCAAAUAAUCCAGCCGACUAUUUAUCGAGACAUCCAAUCAACCCCAAUUCACGAAAGCAAGAGAAAAUGACCGAGGAAUAUAUUAACUUCAUUGUGCAUAAUGCGGUCCCCAGAGCCAUGACUCUGGAUGAAAUAAUAAAAGCGACCAAUUCGGACAGUACAUUAAAAGGUCUCCGUGCAGCUAUACGACUCAAGCGAUGGGACUCACCUGUAGUACAAUCCUUUAAAUCGAUAAAGGAUGAAUUGACUGUCACGUCCCAUGGAGUAAUUCUUAGAGGAACCAGAAUUGUAAUUCCAAAAUCUUUACAACAAAGAGCGAUAGACAUAGCUCACGAAGCACAUCUUGGAGUUGAAAAGACCAAAAGUCUUGUUAGAGAAAAGAUAUGGUUUCCCCAGAUGGACACCAUGGUGAAAAACACAAUAGAACGAUGUGUUGCAUGUCAAGCAGUUGGGCGAGCGAAUGCACCUGAGCCAAUAGCAACAACAAAUAUGCCAAAACACCCCUGGAGAGUUUUACAUGUCGACUUCUAUGGCCCUCUGCCAUCGAAUGACUACCUACUGGUGGUGAUUGACCGGUACUCAAGAUUUCCAGACGUGGAAAUCGUCCGUUCUACAAAAGCUUCAGUAGUGAUACCGAAGCUUGAUAAAAUAUUUGCUGUGCAUGGCAUCCCAGAAGUCUUAAAGUCAGACAAUGGCCCACCGUUUAAUGGAGAUGAAUAUAAGCAGUACUUAAAGUCACUGGGAAUCAAACCCGAGUUUUCUACUCCAUUAUGGCCUCAAGGCAACGCCCAAGUUGAGAGAUUUAUGCAACCCCUUGGAAAAGCACUCAAAACAGCCAAAAUCGAAGGUCGCCCAUGGAAGCAAGAGCUCAAUAGAUUCUUGCUACAGUAUAGGACGACACCACAAAGUACUACCGGUGUUCCUCCGGCUGAACUACUCUUCAAUCGGACGGUACAAGGCAAGUUACCAAUUCUUCACAGGAAGAACAUUGUGAACCGACAUAAGGAAGCUCGUGAAAAUGAAAACAAGCGACAGAAGUAUAACGAAAGAUAUGCAAACGAAAGGAGGAAUGCAAAGGAAAGUGGAAUCAAAGAGGGAGACUAUGUGUUAGUGAAACAACCUAAGGCAAAUAAACUAACGCCAAAUUUCAAUCAAACACCUUAUGUUGUUAUCUAUCGGAACAAAACAGUAGUUCGAGCUAGAAAUAAAGAUGGACACGAAAUAGAACGAAAUGUUUCACAUUUUAAAAAGAUACCCAAACCCAGCAAAGAUAAUGAAGAUACGUCAGAGGAAACUGACGAUUUUAGUACAGAGAGUAACAAUCAGCGUACUCCAGAGGAAACAGUACAGUUUAACAUGAACGACCGUAAUAACAACAAUCGUGGUAACGGUAUGAAUAUGCACCCACGACGGUCCACAAGAGUAAGAAAGCAACCCGAAAGAUACGGACAAACAUUACCGUCAAACAUUGUUACGUGA